AUGUCAUAUCAUUUAAGAAGAAAGUGGAACACUUAUGAAACUAGUCAACUGGUUAAAAAGUUUCGUAGUAAAGAACAUUUGAAGUAUCAAAGUCAUUCAGUUGGAUAUAGUGGAAAAGAUUUCAUGUUGAAUUAUCAAACUAUUAAAAGAUUCUUAAAUUUCACUAACCAAAUAACUUUUCAAAAAUAUUUGGAUCAAAAUACAUCCAGAUAUUCAUCAGGUAGAUAUCAUCUUGAAUUUUUAGAGUUAUGGAAGUGUUCAACCUUUUCAAAGACAACUUACAAAUCGAUAAAUGUAGAUAAAUCGUAUAAAUGGUUUAUCCCAGUGUAUAUAAUAAAACCAACAACAAUUUCAUUCAUAUACUGGAUCCCUUGUACAUUGAAUUUUGGUGAUAAUGAUAAACAUUUGUAUCAUCAAUGUACCUUGAAAAAUCAAGAACAAUACUUUAAAAUAUUAGAUAGUAUGAUAAUCAAUGAUGAGGAUCUAAAUAGUGACUGUUUACCAUCUAUACUGGUAAAGAUAAUUGAUAUGGAAUAUUGUAGUAUAAAAUAUUUUUCUAAUAGAUAA